AUGAGGCCAGUGCAUUGUAUCAAGGUAAUCUCCUGGUUCAGCCAAAAUGUCCAAGGUAAGUCGCUCAAGGACGUUGCCGACGAGCUGGGUGAUGCAGUCGACAAAUUGAGCUGUCGACGUGAACUGGAACAAGUUGAUGUAGGUGCAGACUUGGAGGCAGAAAGGCAAAGUUUGCACGGGACUGCGAACGGCGUCGGCGCCGUAGACAACACUGAGUUUCCAUUGCAGCGCCAGGUUAACCAUCUUGAGUCUGCGCUGCACCAGCGUACCUCUGACCCCGAGGAGACAGAUCACGGUGUCAUAUUGGUCGACUGGUACACCCAAGAUGACCCCAAGAAUCUGAAAAAUUGGCCCGGUCUCAAGAAAGGUUUUGUAGGUUUCAUACUGUCGUUCUACACAGCGGCCGUUUACGCAGCAGGUCUCUUCUACGCUACCUCAGUUGGCGGCGGUCUUCUAGAACACUUCAACGUCAGUCCAGUCACUGCGUUCCUUGGACUUUCGCUCUUCAUCCUGACUUACGGCAUCGGCGACAUCGUCUUGGCCCUUUGUUUGAGAUCUUAG